AAGACAUCAGCCUCUGUUAUCCUGGCCCACACAUCAGCCUCCCUGGAGUAAGCGUGGUAGUUGCCACUGCCGUCCCCUCCAGAAGUGCGAUACAGUUCGGAUUCAGAUCGCGGCCGGUGCGAACCCACGAAGGCACGAACGGUAGAACCCGACCGAGCGCGGCAGCGCAAACCUCCGAUCCCUGCUGCGAGCAAGGGAUGGCGGCGGCAUGGGCAGUGCUGGCGGCGGUCCUCGUCGCGGCGCAGGUGGCGUCUGCGGCGCCGGUCACGGCGCCAGCGUUCCUCUGGGCGCCUAAGAACUACGGAUUCCGCUCUGAUGAUGCUAAGGAGGUAGUCCAUUAUCAAACAAUCUCACCAAAGAACUUAGCUAAAUCUGUUCUUGAGGAAGGUGGCUGGUCAACCUUUAUGUGUUCAAGGGAGGAUACUGAGAAGCAUGUUGAUGUUGCCAUUGUUUUUAUUGGCUCAAAGCUACAAUCAUCAGACAUAUCGAAAGAUAAGCAAGUUGAUCCAGCUUUAGCAGAUACAUUGAAGCUCUCCUUCACAGAAUCAGAGUUUUCUAUGGCAUUCCCCUACGUUUCCACAUCAGACGAUGAGAAACUGGAGGAGUCAUUGCUAUCAGGCUUCACUGAGAACUGUAAAAGUGGUUUUGGAAGAAACCGUAUCACCUACACAGACACGUGCGCCGUGAGUGGCCAAGAUCUGAAGACGUAUCACAACAUGGAUGCUAUCAAUGACUUGGUAGUGUCAGGAAGAACCAACCCGAGUGGACAGACUGAUGUAAUCGUCUUCUGCAGCGGCGGGUUCGAGAAGUUAGGCACCACGGAAUCGGAAGGGGAGCUGCUUUCCCAGCUUGUCGACUUGCUGAAGCUGUCUGGGGCUAGACACACGAUUCUCUACGCUUCCCAGCCAUCUGGUUAUCUACUGGAGAACCCUUCCGGCUCGCCAGUGGCUAGGCACCUUGCGGAGAGGACUAACGGUACAAAAACUGGCCUACUGAGCAAAUGUGACGGAGAGUGCCUAGUCAAAUCAACUCUUCUUGAAGGAACCUUUGUCGGAAUAGUGCUCCUUAUCAUCUUGAUAUCAGGGCUCAUGUGUAUGAUGGGAAUCGAUACUCCCUCCAAGUUUGAAGCUCCCCAGGAGUCUUGAUCUCCCUUCGAAGCAGAACCCUUGUUUUGUUGGUCUGCACUGUGGAUAGAUAUUAUUCAGUUUCCCCCUUUGAAAGCGCCUUUCGUAUAAUUAUUAUUAUUUUUUUACUGAGCCAUCUGUUAUUUACGAUGUGCUCAAACUUUUGACACCAAACGAAUGCAUGUGUGUGAGGCUUGUGCUGUGACCAGACAUAGCAUUGCCUCCAGGUGUUUUCUGUGAAUAACCUGGAAUUUCAGGUGGGUACUGUGCAUCAAAUAAAAAAGAUGAAAUCUUGCUGUUGCA